AUGGAAGGAACAAUUCCUCUGGAGAUUUCAUUGCUGGGGAAAAGCUUGCAGUCAAUCGAAGUAAAUCUGCAAUUGGAACUCAAGGGAACCAUCCCAACUGUGGUUGGGCUGCUGAAAAAAAUGACUCGAAUAAUGUUGAGUGCGACAAGCAUUGAUGGCUCCCUUCCAACCGAGUUUGGUCAACUGCAGAGUCUCCAGCUCCUUCAACUCUAUAUGACACCAAUUCAUGGGCAUAUUCCUUCUGAGAUUGGACGAAUGUGCAACUUAUCAGCAUUUGCUGUGGGGAGAACUGAUCUAACAGGUUCAGUACCAGAAGUCAUUCACAAUGCAAUACAGCUUCGUUCGCUUGAACUAUCAACCCGAAGCAUUGCAACAGUAGUGUCAAUUCCAUCUGAGCUUGGCGAGCUGACAGAACUGAUAAGCCUCGUUUUGUUGGACUGGAAUCUUCACAGAACUAUUCCAAACCAGCUUGAAAAAUUAGAGAAGUUGGAAGCCCUGAACUUGCAUGGGAAUUAA